GGCCAAUGAGCGCGCAGGUGGGCGGGGCGGCGGGCGGAAGUGCGGCUGGGCGCGGGUCACCUCCUGGCCGGGAAGAUGGCCCAGAGGCUGGCGCUGCGGCGGCUGCUGUCCCUCACCCCGUGGGGCCCCCCGGCACCCCCCUGCAGGGCCUUUGGCACCUCGGCGGGCCGCAGGAGCACCUUCAAUGUGCAGGAUGGCAGCGACUUCCAGGACCGGGUGGUGAACAGCCCCAAACCCGUGGUGGUGGAUUUCCAUGCACAGUGGUGUGGUCCCUGCAAGAUUCUGGGUCCCAGGUUAGAGAAGAUGGUGGCCAAGCAGGAGGGGAAGGUGGUGAUGGCCAAGGUGGACAUUGAUGAUCACACAGACCUUGCUAUCGAGUACGAGGUGUCAGCAGUGCCAACUGUGCUGGCUAUGAAGAACGGAGACGUUGUGGAUAAGUUUGUGGGCAUAAAGGAUGAGGAUCAGCUGGAGGCAUUCCUCAAGAAACUCAUUGGAGCCUGAAGUAAAAGGGUGGCUGUACCUCUCCUCUGGACAUGUCCAUGUUGUGCAUUCCUUACCUGGGAGAGCUGAGGGCAGGUCAUCUCCCUGCCCUGUACAACCUGGGGGUUUCUUCUGGUUUGGUGAUCUUAGGAGACGGACAGUGUCGUAACCCUUCCCUCCCUCCCCCCCUUCUCGUGAGCAGUAGUUGUAAAGGGCAUUGAGGAGCAGGGCUGCUUAUUCUCAAAAUAGGGAAUGUGGCUGGAAUUAGGAGCCUGUGUUUAUCAGCCAAGAGCUGACGUGCAGAGCUGCUGCUGCUGAGUUAAGACGAGGAAUGUUUUUCUCUUUGCCUCACAUCUGAUAGCCCAGAGCAGAGGGCAGCUGCUCCCUGCAAGAUGAUGGUACAUACCUGCCCUGGGUGGGUUCAUUUAAAGCUGAGAAUGCCUCUGCCUUGCCUGUGAAACUUGUCUCUUUGUUUCUCUGUCCUUAUGUUGCAGGGACGGGUACAACUCCUCUAAAAAUCCGUGGGCUCCCAUCAUAAUUUUAUAAGAGAAAAUAUGGAGAAGUAUUUUAUGGAUCUCCUUUUGUAUGCUUGCAAUAGAGAACUUUAUCGGUCACUGCUGUCUGGCUGGAGAAUAAAACUUGAGUCUUAGAAAUCA